CUGAUUACAGGUGAUCAGGGUCAAAGUACAGCUUUUUGAAUUUGAGGACUUUGGUCAUGCAGCUUCAUUUCCACUGGGCUGAGCUGAAGUUUUAACACGCACCAACAGAUCUUUAAGAUGUUUGGUCUUAAACCUCAGCUCUGUUCCUUCACGGCUCCGGUCUCUCUGUGUUUUCUCCUCCUAACAUGUUCUGAUGCAGGUCAGUCUCAGGUGAUUGGUCCAACUGAACCAAUAACUGUGACAUUUGGUGAUGACAUCACUUUGCCAUGUCACCUGGAACCUGCCAUGGAUGUUGGUUCCAUGACAUUCGAGUGGACGAGAGCUGACUUGACGCCCAGAUUUGUCCUCCUGUGGCACGAGGGUCAGGAACUUGAGAUUAACCAGCAUCCGUCCUACAGAGGAAGGACGUCACUGUUCAUCAGCGAACUGAAGCACGGAGACGUUUCACUGAAACUCUCAGCUGUAAAGAUCUCAGAUAACGGAACGUACAGAUGCUUCAUCCCUGAAAUGAAGAGUCAAACCAACAUUGAGCUUAUUGUUGCUUCAGUGUCGUUGCCUUUCAUCAGCUUCUCAGGGCUCGAUACAGGCCGAGGUGCAGUGGUUUUACAGUGUGAGUCCACAGGCUGGUUCCCAGAGCCUGAGCUCCUCUGGCUGGACUCUGAGGGAAAGCUGCUGUCUGCUGGACCCACACGGACGGUCAGACGUCCUGAUGACCUCUACACUGUCAGCAGCACAGUGACUGUGGAGCAGAGACACGGCAACAGCUUCACCUGCAGAGUCCAACAGAAGAACAUCAACCAGACCAGAGAGACACGGACACAUGUUCCAGAGAUCAAGCUUCAGGAGGAAAAUGAGCAAGAGAAGAAAACUGCAGAACAUCAGCUGUUGAUGUCAGAGAGAGAGAAGGAACAGACACAUUUGACAAACACGAUAGAUUUUCUGAAAAAAGUGGAGGAGCACAUAAAGACACUCACUCCAGCAGCAGAGGAGGCAGAGAGAGUAGCACAGGAGACUGAGGAGAAGUUUCAUUCAGUGGAGAAAGAAGUAGAAGAAAAGGAUGGAGAUCAGACGUCUAACAAAGCACAGGGAUACUCAAAGCUAAAGGAAAUCCUGGCAAACAUCACCCUGAACCUGAAUGAAAGAAAGGAAGAGUAUCAUCAACCGAAAUCGAACACAGAGAAACUAAUUGAGAUGGCACGUGAUGAAAUGAAAAGAAUUACAGAAGAGAAGAACAGAGUAGAGAAGCACAUGGAUGAAAUUCGACAGUCUGAGGACACAGAGAGACAGGGAGACGAGACUCAGGUGACACUGAUGUCAGAUAACUGA